UGCUUAUAAAUUUACUAAUUUUUUCCUCUUGUGAUAUUACAAGAAGAGAACUUGUUAUGAAGUGACAUUCUGAUUACUAUCACAAAGUAUGUUUGUCAAGAUUGUUUUUCUUUAUAUAAUUGAAUAUCGCUGAAUGCAAGUGUUUUUUAUAGUAUGUCAAGACUGCCAAAGUACUAUUAUUUUCGUAAUAUGAAAAUAUACAUUACGUUUAUCUUGCAAGUAGUAUUUUGUCUAACCUAUUACCCAAUGGAACAUUCUUAAUCUACAAAAGUUUCAACUUCUCUAAUAUUAUUCUGUUGAAAUAUUUACGGAUUGUCGCGGAAGUUCAUUACUAGUAACAGCAGUUAAAUUGCGCGCGAAGCAUUCGGAACGUAUCGAUAUUUCUAGAGACCCAAGUCGAUACAAAUGGACCGCGAGACUGCACGAGAUCUCGAACUUCGGUUUCCGCAUCCGCCCCGUAGCCGCAGUGUUCUUUUCUGUUCGUGGACGCCGUGGCGAGCUGGUUGCUUGGUGGUGCGGUGUGCUCGCGUGCUGUGUGAGGGUUAUCCAACUUCAUCCGCAUUCGCAAGUGAAGUAAAUAAUUCGAGAUGUCGGAAACAUUACAGCUAAGAGGCACUUUACGUGGUCACAAUGGAUGGGUUACGCAAAUUGCCACAAACCCGAAGUAUCCUGAAAUGAUUUUAUCUUGUUCACGAGACAAAACUUUAAUUGUUUGGAAGUUGACGAGGGAUGAAACAAAUUAUGGAGUGCCUCAGAAAAGAUUGUAUGGUCACUCGCACUUCGUAAGUGAUGUUGUGCUGUCUUCUGAUGGCAAUUAUGCUCUUUCUGGAUCUUGGGACAAAACUCUUCGCCUUUGGGACCUUGCUGCUGGCAAGACUACAAGGAGGUUUGAAGAUCAUACCAAGGAUGUAUUGAGUGUUGCAUUCUCUGUUGAUAAUCGGCAAAUUGUCUCAGGCAGCCGAGACAAAACCAUCAAGUUAUGGAACACCUUGGCGGAAUGUAAAUACACCAUUCAAGAUGAUGGCCACAGUGAUUGGGUAUCGUGUGUCAGGUUCUCCCCUAACCAUUCAAAUCCCAUCAUUGUUUCAGCUGGUUGGGACAAAGUUGUUAAGGUAUGGAAUUUGGCCAAUUGUAGAUUGAAAAUCAACCACAUUGGUCACACUGGAUACUUGAAUACAGUGACUGUAUCUCCUGAUGGCUCUUUGUGUGCUUCAGGUGGCAAGGAUUGCAAGGCAAUGUUGUGGGACUUAAAUGAUGGCAAACAUCUGCACACCCUAGAUCACAAUGAUAUAAUCACUGCAUUAUGUUUCUCUCCAAACCGGUACUGGUUAUGUGCAGCUUUUGGGCCUUCCAUUAAGAUUUGGGAUUUGGAAAGCAAGGAUAUGGUUGAGGAACUUCGCCCAGAAGUUGUAUCUACCUCUACCUCCAAGGCAGAGCCACCCCAGUGCUUAUCUUUGGCUUGGUCAACUGAUGGUCAGACACUUUUUGCUGGCUACUCUGACAAUAUGAUCAGGGUUUGGCAAGUUUCUGUGUCGGCUCGGUAAACGCGAAAUGGUUCUCGUAGAAGAGGCAAUUGUUCUCCGAUAAUUUUUAUUAUAAUAAACCCUCUUCUAUGAAUGAAAUUUUACUUUUUAAUGUUGAACCUUUUGUAUCCUUGUUCCUUUGAUUCAUCCAUUUUAAUUAUAUUUUCUGUGAAAAUUUAAAUUGUAAAUAGAUAACUCAAUAAAUUUUUGUUGAUGUUGA